AUGCCAUCAGUAACAGAAGAAUCUUUCAGCAGUGACCAAAUUGACAAAAGAAAAUUUGCUUUAUCUGGGUUCUCACAGACUCACCAUCAAACACGUGCUCCAAAGCAUAUGGUUGCCACUAAUAAUCCUGUGAGUGAAGGUGAUGAGAAUGUGGAGCGAGGUAACUGGACCUCAAAGACUGACUACCUGCUCUCAGUGAUUGGUUCUGCAGUUGGUCUGGGCAAUGUCUGGAGAUUCCCGUAUUUGGCUUACAGAAACGGCGGAGGUGCUUUCCUUAUUCCCUACAUUUUGAUGCUGGCAGUCGCUGGGAUGCCAAUGCUUUUCUUGGAAACUUCCUUUGGGCAGUUUGCCAGCCUCGGACCAGUUGCAGUUUGGAAAGCCGUGCCCAUGUUACAGGGUGUGGGCAUAAAUAUCGUUCUGCUUGAAGCAUUCAGCAUCAUUCCUUAUACCUGCAUUCUCGCCUACAGCCUGUACUACCUAUUUGCAUCCUUUCAAUCGCCCCUGCCGUGGGCAGGCUGCUUCAGUUGGUGGGGAGCAGAUGAAACAUGCAGCAGGACCCCCAAAGACCCACUCUGCAAUCUCACUUUGAAUGAUGGAUAUUUUACAAUCGUUAAUACAACAUGGCUGCAGGCAAACAACAAAACUUGUCUAAAUGGAUCCGAAAUAUCCAUUCCUCACCAGGGUCCGAGUGAGCAAUACUGGGAUAAAGUGGUUUUACGCCGUACAAGUUCAAUCGAUGAGACUGGGGAGAUCGUCUGGUAUUUAGCCCUCUGUCUGUUUCUGGCCUGGCUAAUAAUUGGAGCAGCUUUAUCCAAAGGAAUCAAAUCUUCAGGAAAGGUGGUUUAUUUCACUGCGACAUUACCUUACGUGAUCCUGACCAUACUCCUGAUCCGAGGGCUUACCCUGGAGGGAGCCUCUAAAGGAAUUGAAUUCUACAUUGGAAGCCAAUCAGACUUCUCCACAUUGGCAGACGCUCAGGUCUGGAAAGAUGCUGCGAUGCAAAUUUUCUUUUCUUUGUCAGUGGGUUCUGGUACUUUAAUAGCACUGUCAUCCUACAACAAAUUCCACAACAACUGUUACCAAGACGCCAUUGUUGUCUGUGUGGUUAAUUGUGGUACGAGUGUGUUUGCUGGAUUUGUCAUCUUCUCUAUCCUUGGGCAUAUGGCUCAUGUCCAAGGGAAACCUGUUUCUGAGGUUGCCCAGUCAGGUUUUGGUUUGGCUUUCAUGGCGUAUCCGGAGAUUGCUGCGCAGUUGCCGUGGGCACCUUUAUGGUCCAUUCUAUUUUUCCUCAUGCUGGUCACAUUGGCAAUCGACACUAUGUUUGCAGCUUUAGAAAAGCUCCUAACAGUUUUGCUGGACAGGUUUCCAAAAUAUCUACGAUCGAAGCGCUUUGCUCUGACAUGUGGUAUUUGCGUGUUGUUUUAUUUGUUUGGCCUUGUGAGUGUAACACAGGCUGGAAUUUACUGGAUACAUUUAAUUGAUCAUUUCUGUGUUGGAUGGGUCCCCAUUAUAGUAACACUGCUGGAACUCAUGGGUGUAAGCUGGCUGUAUGGGAUAAACAGAUUCAUCAAGGACAUUGAGAUGAUGAUUGGGGAAAGAAAUUGGCUCUUCUGGCUGUGGUGGAGAGCGUGCUGGGUUUUUAUCACUCCGUGUUUGAUGGCAGUUCUCUUGAUUUGGUCCUUGACAACAUUGGCUCCACCAACAUAUGGACCUGUUGAAUACCCUGUCUGGGCAGUAGCACUGGGCUGGUGUAUGACCAUCUUCUGUAUUAUGUGGGUCCCCAUUGUGGCUGUAGUGAGAGUUGUCCAAGCUGAGGGCUCCACCUUGUGGCAGAAGGUAUCUGCUGCUUGUGCAUCAGCCCCAGAUUGGGGUCCGUACUUGGAACAACACAGAGGGGAAAGAUACAGGAAAAGGCCUGAUUCAACAGACGUUUCUCAUGGGGUCACAGAAUAUGAGAUGACCAAGUCUCGCACUUAUGCCUUUGCAGUCUCCCAUAUCAUUGAGGGGUUACUGGCCCUACCUGAGUUGAUAUCCCAGAAGUGUUGGAGCCAAACUAAGACCGGGCAGAGGCGCUGGUCCGACCCGGACCUGCAUAUAACGACCUGGUGGGCCCGCUCAACCCACACCCAGCCAAGCUCCAACUCCAGUUUCAACAGCUGUGGGAGCCAUUGCUCCAGGAAAUCCACAAGCUGGCCUUCUUCCUCCUGUUCAGCAACCAGCAUUCUCGAGGUCAUCGAUAUGUUCCUCCAGGGUCCGGACUCGCUGUUCCAGAACCCGGACCUGACCCACGGAUGA